CCAAAGGCAGAAGCAACGUCGUUGAAUUCCUCAAAAACAAUAGCUAACGACGUUUCUGCUGAAUAUGUUUCCGUUAUCACUGGUUUCUUUAAAAAAUUAGGAGUUUCACACUCCAAUUCUAUCCCAGAUUUUUGCAAUACCAAGUACUUCUACUCCCAUCUCAUUCGCGACGCAAUCAAACCCGACCAAGUCCUACGUGGCCGAAUCACCUGUCUCUUAACUGUCACACCCGUUCUCGCUAAUAUCUAUGGUUCGUUGCAUGCAGGGGCUAUUGCGGCAAUUGCUGAGAUGGUGUCAAUCGCUUGUGCUAGAACCGUGGUGGCUGAGGAAAAGGAUAUUUUUCUUAGAGAUAUGAGCAUUUCAUAUCUCUCCGCUGCUCCAAUCCAUGCAGAGCUGAUAGUCGAUGUCUCUGUGCUAAGGAGUGGAACAAAUUUGACUAUUAAUGUUGCAGUGGAGUUCAAGCUCAAGAAAACCAGGAAGUUAGCCUAUACUGCUCGUGCUACAUUCUAUAACAUGCCCACUGCCAAGUUAUGAAGAUGCGGUUCAACAAAUUUGAAGUUGGAUAUCUCAGUUUGAAUCUCUACCCUUUGGGAGUAAUAAAGUUUAUUAGUGUCGUGUGUUGUAUUGUAUUUAUGCUUUUUAAACACUGCUCUUAUACACGUCUAUAUUGUUUGUAUGAUUUCUUUUUCUUUGGUCUUCGGGCUGUUUCUGUCGAAAACCUGCUAUGAAAAAGGUUGGCUCCCUAGACAAGUUCUAUGGUGCUACCUAUUGGAGA